AUGGGUAAAUGCCGUUGCAAACGUUGCGGAAAUAUAUUAAUACUCGGUGAGGAUCACUCUUGCUCCAAUUACAAAAAUUUUGACUACAGGUAUUUAAUACAACAGCGAGCAGAAUCCGAUGACAACCUUGAUGAAGGAAACGAUAAAUCUACGGAAAGUUCGAAUGACAAUUCUCAGAAUUUAAGUCGUGCUUUUGGACGAAACGAAAGUAAAGGAUCAGUGCUCAGAAGUUUGCUUCUAUUUCAAAAUAAUGAAAGAAACAAGUCUACGAAUUCUGCAGGGAGCUCCAACUAUGCACAACCAAGGAAUCCUUCUGAUAGUUCAUUUUUUCAUCCCAUUUCAGAUUUUCAAGCGAUUCAAGUCCAAACAAAUGAAAAUGCCUCUUUUACGGCUUCUUCAGAAAAUGCUGAAUCUAAUAACAGACAUGAAAAUGAUUUUAUCGAAACCUAUAAGAGAGAACAAUCUGCUGCCGGAUCGAGUGGUAUUGAAAGUAAAAGAUCAGUGCUCAGAAGUUUGCUUCUAUUUCAAAAUAAUGAAAGAAACAAGUCUACGAAUUCUGCAGGGAGCUCCAACUAUGCACAACCAAGGAAUCCUUCUGAUAGUUCAUUUUUUCAUCCCAUUUCAGAUUUUCAAGCGAUUCAAGUCCAAACAAAUCAAAAUGCCUCUUUCACGGCUUCUUCCGAAGUCUGUUAUGCUGAAUCUAAUAACAGACAUGAAAAUGAUUGUAUCGGAACCUAUAAAAGAGAACAAGCUGCUGCCGGAUCGAGUGGUAUUGACAUACAAAAUCAAAGUGGAUCAAGUGGAUCGAAUCUGAUGCAUGCGAAACCUGAUAAAGAACGUAAAAUGUCUCUUCAAGAUAGCAAAUCGCAUUCUUUGAAAAAAGAUAAAAAGGAUUUUAUGGAUGAUCUAGAAAAUGUUAUCAGAAAUCCUCUUUCAGAUACUAACAAUAUAUCUGGAAAUGCGAAUUCAACUGAGAAUCCUGAUUUACCACCAGGAGAUAACGUGCUGAAAAAUUGCAAAAUGCAAGUGUCAGAAUGUGUAAAUGAUGAACAUAUUUUACCCGAAGUGCCAUCUCAGGUUCACAGUAAGAAGACGAAAGUAGUUACCUACAUGAAGGAACCUCAUUCUACCAAAAAAGAUGACAAUGUUGUGGCUGGACCUUCAGGACUCUGUGCCCGUAAGAAGAAAUUUCCUAAGACCUGCAGUGGGAAAGAUACUCUUAAACCGAAUUAUCAAACACACACUGGCAAUGAGCCCUUUAUGUGUAAUAUAUGCAAGAAAAAAUUCUCUUCUAAAUCAGAUUUCGACCGACAUUACAGAACGCACACUGGCGAAAAGCCUUAUGAAUGCGCUAUAUGCAGGAAAAAAUACAGUCGGAAAUCAUAUCUCAUCAUCCAUUAUCGAGUACAUACUGGCGAAAAGCCUCAUGUGUGUGAAUUUUGUAAUAAAGGUUUUUCUCAAAAGGGUUGUCUUAAAAUACAUGUAAGGACACACACUGGAGAAAAGCCUUAUGUGUGUGAAGUUUGUAAUAAAGGUUUUUCUCAAAAGGGUGAUCUUAAAAUACAUGUAAGGACACACACUGGAGAAAAGCCAUAUAAAUGUCCAUCUUGUGAAGAGUCUUUCAUAAACAGCAGCAAUUGUAAAAAGCAUCACAAAAGAAAACACGAGUGA